AUCAGAACAACAACAACGCAGAGAGCGUAUAAACAAUUUGCUCAGAGCUCCAGGUGUCAGCAGAGUAAAUAAGAAAAACAAUACGGAAAUUUUUUGGAAACAUAUUAUAAUUUUUUUAUUCGAACCAGUGUCAGGUGAAGUGCGCGAACAAAGACUACAACAGUAAAAAUAAUAUUCAAAAAUGGCUUCGUUCUUCAAUGUGGGCGCUCUGGGGAAUGUAUUCUCAACUCCCAUAGGACAACGUAUCGAGGCUGCCACUGAUGCCAGUUUGGCCUCCGAGAAUUGGGCAGCCAAUAUGGAAAUCUGCGAUAUGAUAAACGAAUCCUCGGAUACGGCCCGCGAUGCCAUGCGUGCCAUACGGAAACGACUCUCACAGAAUGCCGGCAAAAACAAUCAGGUGAUAAUGUACACACUCACUGUGCUGGAGACCUGCGUAAAGAAUUGCGGCAAGGCCUUCCAUGUGCUGGUAUCCCAAAAGGACUUCAUCAAUGAUCUGGUCAAACUGAUUGGACCGAAAAAUGAUCCGCCGGCUAUUAUGCAGGAGAAGGUUUUAAGUCUUAUACAAAUCUGGGCAGAUGCCUUUAAAAAUCAGCCGGAUCUCAAUGGCGUAACGCAAAUGUAUAUGGAACUGAAAAACAAGGGAAUUGAGUUUCCAGCCACCGAUUUGGAUGCCAUGGCUCCGAUCUAUACGCCACAAAGGAGUGUGCCGGAGGUUCAUGCACAACAUCAUGCCAUUUCGCCGCAACAUCAACAGAUGGUGGCAGCUGCGGUUAACACUGGACCACCUAGCAGCAGCACUGGUCCCUUGCAUCUGACACCGGAACAGGCGGCCAAGCUGCGGGCAGAAUUAGAAAUAGUGACCAAUAAUAUGUCCAUAUUGAGUGAAAUGCUGAGUGUAUUAAAACCCGGCUUCGAGUCUCCUGAUGAUUAUGCCUUGCUCACUGAACUGACCUCCACCUGCAAGGAGAUGCAGUCGCGUAUUGUGGAUUUAAUUGGUCGCGUUCAGGAUGAUGAAUUGACCGCCGAGUUUCUGCGCAUCAAUGAUGAGCUCAAUAAUCUAUUCCUACGGCAUCAGCGUUAUGAAAAGAACCGUGAGCAAUGUCAGAGCGGAGCCGGGCCAGGAGUUACAUCACCUGCGGCAGUGCUGGGCGCUGCCAUGGGUGUUCCUCCAGCAGCUGCAACAGCAGCACCUACUCUGCCUUCGCCGCCUGCAUCAUCCGCCGCAACGGCUGCCGCUGCCGCUAGUAACACACCCCAAAGUGAUCAACUAUUAAUUGAUUUGAUUGAAAGUAGCGAAGAGCAGCAGCCACAAUUGCCCCAAAGCUUUGGCCAGCUCAGUUUAGGUGCUGGUGCUGGUGGCGGAGUUGCUGGGGCCUCUGCAGCUCAAAAAGGUGGAGCUUCCUCUGCCGCUGCCGAUGAGUUUGAUAUGCUGGCCCAAUCACGCACUGAUAAAACUGAUCUGUUACGGGAUAUACUUUCUGUGGAUGCUGCUGCUGGCAGCAAGCCCCAACAACAACAACAACAGCAGCAACAACAACAGCAACAAUCUCAUCAGCAGCAGCACCAUCAACAACAACAGCAACAAAAACAGAACCCGCAAAUACGCUCAACCGGCGAUCCGUCGGUGUCAACAAAAGAGAAUGAGAUCGAUGAAAUGGAAGCUUGGUUGGGCACCUCAAAAGAGAUUGACGGCAUCGAGGAGCUGACCAGUUCCGAAUUCGAUAAAUUUCUUGAAGAACGUGCCGCUGCCGCUGAAAAUCUUCCAACCAUUAAUGCAACGAAUUCCGUUAGUGCCGCCGCCAAUUCAGAUAGUUUACGAAAGACACCAAAGAAACAAGGAGCUGAUGAGGAUCUGUUGGCUCUCUGAGUGAUCACCAUCUCAGUGAUGAUGCAAGUAGCCUUCUGAUCCUCCUCCAACUCCAAUUCCAUCAUCAGCUAUUUCUGAUUGUUUACUCUUUCAAACAAAAAUAAAAUAAAAGAAAAAAAUGUUACAACCAACAACAAUAACAGCAACAACAAUAUAACAUACAUAUUUAUACAUAACGUCUACUAUAUAAUAGCAGCAUAACUACAUUACAUAUGAAACCGAUUUAUGUAAAAUGCUUUUUUGUUUAUGUUUUUAUCACUAUACCUCCCAAUAUUUCCUGAUUUUCACCUAUAGAUAUAUAUUAUUAUUAUAUACGAAAAAUUAUUCCAAAAAAAAAAUGCAAAAUCUUGUGUUGCUCUAUUUGUAAGCCACAAAAUAUUAU